AUGAUUCGUCUCAAAUUUGUGCGUUUAGUGAACGCCAUUAUCGUUAUAUCGUUUUUGGGCUUAUUGAUGGUAUUCAUACAAAAUCCAUAUCCACCAGUUGAUGAGCAUUCCGAGGCAGCAGCAGCAGUAGCAGCAGUAGGUUCAUACGAGUCGAGAGGCGAACGUCUCCUUUCGGCGAACAGUCUACCGGUGCAGUGCUAUUGUUGUUUGAAGGCAAUUGAAGAGUCUCUAAAGGAAUCGGCAACAUUUAUCUCAUCACCAUUGAGCAUCAAUGAUGUGGUAUCAUCAAUUGAGUUCUUGAAUAACAACUAUGAAAUUCUUAAUAUGCACAGAUUUGGUCCGGUUAGUGAGGCGAAAUUCGUUAUUGUUGUUCAGGUUCACAAUCGCAUAGAAUAUUUACGAUACUUAAUCGAAUCGCUGCAGAAAGCGAAAUAUAUAAAUGAAGUGUUAUCAAUAUUUAGUCAUGACUAUUCUUCGCCCGAUAUCAACGAACUUAUCAAGCAGAUACGGUUUUGUCGAGUAUUACAAAUCUUUUAUCCAUAUAAUAUUCAGCUCUUUCCUACGGUUUUUCCGGGAACCGAUCCGAAUGACUGUGCCGCAGAUAUGACGAAAGAGAAAGCCAAACAACAACGCUGUAACAACUGGGCACAUCCAGAUAAGUAUGGUCAUUAUCGUGUGGCGAAAUUAACGCAGAUUAAACACCAUUGGUGGUGGAAGAUAAAUUAUGUGUUCGAUGUUGUUAUGAAGCGAUAUAAUCUGGAUAAGGCUUGGGUGAUCCUGUUAGAGGAGGAUCAUUAUGUGGCACCGGACUUCAUUCAUGUUCUCCAGAAGGUUAUCGAUAACAAAAAACAAUAUUGUGAGCAAUGCCAAGUGGUAAGUCUCGGUCUCUACCUCAAGCAGUAUAGUACGUAUGGCGAUAAUAUAGCAUCAUUAAUAGUUCAUCCAUGGUUUAGUAGUAAGCACAAUAUGGGAAUGGCAUUCGAUGUGAACACGUGGAAUCUUAUCAAGAACUGUUCAAAGGAAUUUUGCACUUACGAUGACUACAAUUGGGAUUGGUCAUUACUGCAUAUCAGUAUGAAGUGCCUUCCGAAAAAACUGCGCGUGAUCGCACUGAAAGCACCACGCGUUAUACACGUGGGUGAUUGCGGUGUACACACGCAUCGAUGUAACGUGCAGAACGCUCCGAAAAAGGCACAAGAGCUGUUCAGUAGUGUGGAGAAGCGUCUCUUCCCGGCCAGCUUACGAGUAGUGGAGAAUUCACGUCGAAUGCUAAAACCGUCGAAAGAGAAUGGGGGAUGGGGUGAUAGUCGAGAUCAUCAGUUAUGCAUCAAUAAUUCAAUGGUGAAUGUGCAACCGUCUCUAGUCGAUUCACUGGUUGUGAAGGGUGAUUAUGACUCUGCGAUAUUCAUCAACCUCAAUAACAGCAGCAACAUUAUGGAUUUAUAA